GUGUAAAAGUACGCAUGCGCCAAUCCGCUCCCCGCGAGAUGGGGGCGGCUGGUCUGAGGUUGUUGUGAAGCCGCUAGAAGCACGUGAAGAGAGCAACGUCAUCAUAAACACUCGUAGCCAACAUGGCGGGCCCUGUGAGCGGAAAGGUUGUGUAUGAACAAGAAGGGGUUUUCAUUCACUCUUCCAGUGGAAAUGAUGAUCAGGACAGCUUACUAUCUGGAAUACUACGAGUUGUAGAAAAGGAAACUGAAGUAAUAGUAGAUUGGAGACCCCAGGAUGAUGCAUUAGACUCUUCUAAUAUACUGUAUGCUAGAAAGGAUUCCAGUUCAGUUGUAGAAUGGGCUCAGACUCCUAAAGAGAAGACUCCACGGGGGCCGGAACAUAUGAACAGUUACGAGGCAGAAUGGGACAUGGUCAACACAGUCUCUUUUAAGAAGAAGCCACAUUCAAAUGGAGAUGCUGUUGUUCGUACAAAUGGAGAAAGCAAAUGGUCCUUUCUGUUCAGUUUAACAGAUUUAAAGUCCAUUAAGCAAAACAAAGAAGGAAUGGGAUGGUCCUAUUUGGUGUUCUGUUUAAAGGAUGAUGUUGUUCUCCCAGCUCUUCACUUUCACCAUGGAGACAGCUGCUUAUUGAUUCAGUCUCUUAAAAAAUACGUGGUGCUCUGUGAAUCUCCAAAUGAUAGAAGAAUUCUUGUAAAUUGUCAGAGUAUUUCACAGUCCUUUGAAAAUCUCCUUGAUGAACCAGCAUAUGGUCUAAUACAGAAAAUGAAGAAAGAUCCUUACACAGCAACAAUGGGAGGAUUUUCCAAAGUGACCAACUUCAUUUUUGAUAGUUUACGUGGGAGUGAUUCAUCAGUUCAGCAGCGGCCUCCAUCAGAAAUGGCAGACUUCAUUAGUGAUGCCAUUCCAGGACUAAAAAUAAAUCAACAGGAGGAACCAGGAUUUGAAGUCAUUACUCGAAUUGAUUUGGGGAAGCGGCCUGAAGUUCACAGAAGGCAGCCAGUGUCCAUUGAAGAAUGGACAAAAAGCAUGGAUUCUGAAGGAAGAAUCUUAAAUGCUGACUCUAUGAAGCAAAUGAUAUUCAAAGGGGGGUUAUGUCAUGCUUUACGAAAGGAAGUGUGGAAAUUUCUUUUGGGUUAUUUUUCUUGGAAUAGUACUAGGGAAGAGAGAACCAAUGUGCAGAAAAGAAAAAUAGAUGAAUAUUUCAGGAUGAAACUCCAGUGGAAAUCCAUCAGUGAAGAACAAGAAAAAAGAAAUUACAGAUUAAGAGAUUACAGGAGUCUUAUAGAAAAAGAUGUAAACAGGACAGACAGAACAAACAAGUUUUAUGAAGGCCCAGAUAAUCCUGGACUGAUCUUGCUUCAUGACAUUUUGAUGACCUACUGUAUGUAUGAUUUUGACUUAGGCUAUGUUCAAGGAAUGAGUGAUUUACUUUCCCCUAUUUUAUAUGUAAUGGAGAAUGAAGUGGAUGCUUUUUGGUGCUUUGCACUGUACAUGGAUCAAAUGCACCAGAAUUUUGAGGAGCAAAUGCAGGGUAUGAAGACUCAACUAAUUCAACUCAGUACUUUGCUUCGCUUGUUAGAUAGUGGAUUUUGCAGUUACUUGGAAUCUCAAGAUUCAGGAUACCUUUAUUUUUGCUUCCGGUGGCUUCUAAUAAGAUUUAAAAGGGAGUUUAGUUUUCAAGAUAUUCUUCGUUUAUGGGAGGUAAUGUGGACAGAGUUGCCUUGCCAGAACUUUCACCUUCUUAUCUGUUGUGCUAUCCUGGAAUCUGAAAAGCAGCAAAUAAUGGAGAAACAUUAUGGCUUUAAUGAAAUACUGAAGCAUAUCAAUGAGCUGUCUAUGAAAAUCAAUGUGGAAGAAGUACUUUGCAAAGCAGAUGCCAUUUCUAUACAGAUGAUGAAUUGCAAGGAAUUGCCUCAGGCAGUCUGCGAAGUUUUGGGAUUAGAAACCAGUGCUGUGACAACGCCAGAUUCAGACAAUGGAGAAGAUGAGGCUGGUGGUGAGAUUAGUUGUGCUGCACCAGCGUAUCCAGGUCUCUCCAUGCCUCUUGCUGUGACCAACGGGACAAAGGAGAACAUUGAGCAAGAGGCCCACACCAUGGCCACUGAUUGAUGCCUGGAUGAUUCUUUGAUUUUAUUUUUGAAGAGACACUUUAUUACAACUGUUUUGUUUCUUUCAAGCACUUGAGGUGGAUAUUUAAAAUUUUGCGUUGAUUAAGCUUUAAAGAUUUGGGAAAGAAAUCAUGUACUGUAAUGCACCAAAGCUUUACAACAUGACCUAAAUAUUUUUGUAGUUUCUUCUACCAAAAUAGCCUUUUUGUUUUCAAUAACAUUCCUUAAUAUUUUUGUAGCCAAGUGCAUUUUUUCUCUUUGAUGUUAUGGAAGUCAGAUGAAUGUGAACAGUUUGGAAAUAGAUGCAUCUGUAUUGCUUUCACUUUUAAAACUUCAGCAUUGAUGGUUCUUGGAUUUAAUAAGAUUCAAAAACACUUCUAUACAGUUUCCUAAGUGAAAAGAUGCUAAUUAACAGUGCUUUGUAAAUGAAAGGAUUGCAUUCCUUCUCAGAUGUUUACAAAAACACUUUCUAAGUAUUUUGUGGUGGUAGAGUGUAGAUUUUCAAUGAAGAUUUUCAUUUGUGCUGCUCCUGGAGACCUAAUUUUGUGUAAUCUAGGGUGGCUGAACAGGACUUUUUACAUAUUAACAUCUCUUCACAUAUACAUAUGUAUGUAUAAAUUAGAUACAUAUUCAAACCUGUGAGUAUUAAAGGAUAAAUCUAUUUUCACUAUUUUGACUAAGUAAAGCUUGGCUGUUCAUUCAAACAGUUCUGACCAAAUUUUAAUGCAUAGCUUCAACACUGACUAUUUUUGAAAAUCAUUUUUUAAAAUAAGGGAAAAUAUAUAUAUGGAAACAUUCAGUUCUGCUCCUGAUGUAAUUUUGCAACAGCUUAAUUCAUUACCUAUCUAAUAAUGUUUAUCUUUGCUUAAUAGUAUAGCCAUAACUGAUAGGGACUACUUAAAUUACCUUUAUUGCUAGAGUACUUGGUGAUCUUUACAAGCAGAUAAAAAUAAGUGAAAAAUACUAAUCGCCUUGGGUAUGUGCUCCCUUUUUGGUUCUCCGGUGCAAGUUCAGUUAAGGGCUCAGUUUGCAUAAAAGAAACUGCUGUGAAUUGUCAGAUACAAGAGAAUUUAUUGUAUACGGCCACAGGCCUUCACAAUCCAAAACGUUUCAUAAUAAAACAUGGAUACAAAUAUAAUUACAGUAAAAUGCAUUUUACUUAAAAUAUAAACAACUUUAAAAUCAAAUGGUUUCUAACAGACUAAAAGGCAACAAUUUGUAUCAGUUGUUUAUUUUCCCAGUUGUAACAUUUACUCCUAUUUUCCUGGCCAGGGCAUAGCAUGCCAUCCUAUUGAAGAUAAAAGGAUCUGUAUCUGAGAGUAUGAAAUUUAAUUUAUCAAAAUCAGGCAGAAGAUGGAGACCAGAUAAAAUAUUGGUGAGAAAUUUUCCUCUUGGUUCCUGGUAUAAGGGACAGCUUAAAACAUAGUGUGGUAGGUCCUCAAUUGCGGUUCCACAGAUACAUAAACGCUGAUCGAUGGGUUUUUAAAUAAAAAAUCAACCGAGUAGCAUCUCGGUUGGCAUAGACUGGAAGCGUAAUGAUGUAAAUGCUACCCUGAGCUUAUAAAUUGUCAUUUCAGUCAAAUAACGUGCUCUGGUGUGAUCUUUUUUGAUGGUUUUAUGCUGUGGAGCAAGUUUUGUUUUACUGAUUAAAAAUUUAUCAAUUAGGGCAUCUUCUUUAUAAAUCCAUUCCCUUAAGUCAACAUUGCUUCCUGAAGGUUGAAGUAAUUCGUCUGGGAUGGUAUAUCGAGAUGCAAUGUCAUGGUGGGCCUUCCUUAAGUUUUGUCCUUACUUUGCAGCAGCUGAUAACUCAGAUUACUGAAGGAACCAGAGUUUGUUAGUUGAUAUUUUUUCUGCAAUUUAAGAAUCGCUAAAUGGGUGCAUGCUCUAAUCGAAGGGAGACCAAGUUCUGCCUGUAGCAAGGCUGCUGGUGUCCCUUUUGGUAGGCUAGAACACGUCUCAUGAAAAAAAAUUGGGAUUAUUUCCAACUUGCUAAGUAUUGGUUCUUUUAAUCCCCAGAUCUCAAUUCCAUGCAGUAAAUGAGUAAUGACUUUAAAAACAAAAAGCUUUGUAGACGGUGCUAUCAACCCCCCACCCCUAGAGUAAUAGCAUUUCAUUAUUGCUCUUGUCGUGCUGGUGAAUUGUGUCUAUCACCCUUAACAAUAACUUGCAUAUGAGAACUACAAGCUCGUAGUAUGCCAUUCUGUGACUUUUUAAGUUAUGUAGAAUCUGACUUAACUGAUUCAGUGCAUUUGUUUCUAUUUGAGAACAAUUGUACAUAUUAUGAAAUAAAAUGCAAAGUUUACAUAA